AUGCCGGCCUUCCAAGCCAUCAACGUCGAGACCGAGGAGAAUAUUGACGAUGAGAUCGACACCACCCGCGAGCUCCAUGUCGACGAAGCUCUCAAACGCUUCCAAAAUGCCCUGAAGCUGCACGCUCAAGGUCCUCGCUUCUUCGACGAAGCUGCCGAUGCCUACGAUGACCUCUUCAAGUCCGAAAUCUUCAAAUACCCCGAGGCGGUCACCGAAUACGAGAGAGCAGAGAGGCAGCCUGAGCACCUGAUCACCGACCCUGCCCUUGCCUCCGACCUGGAUCUCCAAGUCGCCGAGGUCGACACCGUCGGGAGCAGUCUUCCUCAAGCCUUCUUCCUAGCGCACAAGAACCGCGGCCAGUUCCUCCUCGACCGCACCCGCCACGCAGCUCGAAGCGCAGGUGGUGAUGCCCCCGCUUACUUCGAAAAGGAUGAGGCUCUCCAUAACAUGUACAAUGCCCUCACCGACUUCAAUGCCGCUCUUGAUCGCGACCCAUCCGAUGCCGAGCUGUGGCGCCGCACUGCUCGCGUUGCCGCCUCACUGAAGAGCACGAGAAUCAACAGAUACUGCCUCGAGGCCGCCAUCGAACUCGACGAUGACCCAACUGUUCUUGAGGUCGAACCGCCAUCUCUGGCGGAGGGAUUCGCUGGGCAACAGUUGAAGGAGCAACUCCAGGUUUUGGCUGACGAAAUUGCCCUGUCCCACCCCAUCAUGGGCCCUUGGGUCAAGCGGGACAUGCCCGACUUCAUCAAAAGACACAUCGAUCCUAUACCCUUCUUACCGGACCCAACCAAAGAACUCGGGUCCGCCCGCACUACCGUAGAGGAAGUAGGCGCGACCCGCCUCACUGUGACAUGUCCGACGGCAUCUUGGGCCGACCUGGGCAUGGCGUUGGUGCAGUUCAUACUUGAAAAGGGCCAGAUAAGUCAGGCCAUCGUCAUUGAACUCCCUGAAACGGAUGAUGACGAAGAUGUGGUCAUGGAGAGCCAGCCAGAGCAGGACAGUCAACCCAACCGCUCCGAUUCUAAAGACAAAGAUGAGGCAGUCACGAAGGAGGACAAACCUGAGGAUACCGAAAAAGCCGAGAGCUCAAAGUCUAUGUCAAAAGAGGCCCCGAAACCUCCCGAGAACACUCGUAAGAGCCGGAGCAGCUCCCAGCCGACAAGAAAGCGAUCGCAGUCAGCAGCGGGUAUUCCGGAAGGACAAGAAGAGGAGAGCUUGGUCGAAAAGAGGAGCAAACGAAUCCGAAGGCGAGAAACCGCAGCUGCAGAAGAGGUUGUGGAUCCCAGCGCCGUCCUCGCGUCGCAGUUAGCACCAUGCCAAGCAGCCGAUCAAAACUUGUUCCAGGCCACUAAAAACAUGCUGGAGAACAUUGGCGUCACCGACCAGGCCACCCUAGAUCGGAUCAGCCAGGUGCUAGAUUCGCUGGCGUCUGAAGAGCGCGCAGCAUCCAUCAAGAAUCAGGCUACGGUGGACCUCCGCAACGCAAUUGUCUCCUUCAAUGAAGAGAAUGCCAAAAUACUGCUCAACAAGCAAGCCCAGGCAUCUUUGAGCUUAUCAUCUUUUCUUGAGCAUGCCAAGGGCGGCUCUCAAAAGACUUUGGUCAUUCCACCUUUCAAGGAGACCCAGGGGAUUGCUGCUUUUGUGAAGCGAGUCAACUCUUCCUGGAUGACGGCCCAAGAGGUUGCCUACGAGUGGCUCAAGACAAUCUGCCCCAGCUACCUUGAAACCAAGUGGUCAGAUGUCAUGAAAACAGCCGUCGUUCAGGUCAUUAGUCGGUUCGACCAGGACAUCCUCCUGUCUAUCAACUACGACUUAGAUCGCGCGAGGCAUUCAGCCGACGCCGAGAAAGAAUUUGGUUUUAUCAAAAGCGUCGUGGAAAUGCUCUUCGAGAUUCAUCUUGACGUGUAUGAACGCAUCACCAACCCUAACAGUGUGGUCGAUUACAGCAUCCGCGUCGAGGCCAAGGGUCGCUUGGGACGAUGGUUGGACCUUGCCUCGGCAUUGCUUCGAGAAGCUACACCAGAAGGCAACGAGAAGCUGACUGGCCGCUUCCUGUGGGCUGCCAUCUUUUCCACAACUCUGACGGAGAACGCUUCGAGAGAGUACAUACUGCAGUGUUGGACAAGUCUGCGAGAUUUCCUCUCGGAAAGUCAUUUUGAUCAGCUUUACCUCCCUAAUAACCCAGUGAUACCGGAGGUUUCUGAAGCAGCGGCUGACAGAGAGAUCUCCAAACUGACGACGAUGGACUUUUUUCUUGGGCUUUUCCAAGAUAAUGUCAGCGACCCUGUUGCGGUCAUCGACAACCUUGAGCCAGUCCUCAACCCAGGAUCUGUUUACGUCCCAGUCCCAUCAGACGAAACCGCGAAGGAUGAAGAGGGUUCCUCGUCUGGCCGAUCCAAAACUAAGAAAGUGCCCAUAAAAGAAUGCGCAAGUCAAAGUCUCCAAGACCUUUGGAGGUUCCUUCUGGGCACUAGUACGGAAUUACGACUAUUCCUUUGGACGAGGCUCAGCGACGCCUACGCCAGUAUCAAGUAUUCCACCAAGCAGUUCUCCUGCCAUCUCAAGGCCAUUGAGAUGCUUACAGCGGACCUAGAAAGUGACGGGUAUCUCAAAAACGCUCCUGAAACCAGACCGCCGCUGCUGCUGAAGAUGCUCAAGUCGCUCGAUGAGUUGCUGAUUACCGCGCUUUCGCUCGCUCUCAACGACAGCUCGGCGUUUGAUAUUGUCGAUGACGAUCACUUAAAGUCAACAUCGACGGCUCUCAUCAAGUUGAGCUGCAUGCUUCAUGCUUCAGCCAUGCAUGACGAUGAGAUUCGAAUUGGGAUGACCCGUGCGCCACCGAGCAGUCCUUCGUUUCAACCGUUCCUCAACAAGCUGCGGGAGAUUCAGGUGCGUGUCUGGUGUCUCCAGUAUACGGUGAUUAAGGUCGGCGUGAACCAAAACCGCGCGUUGUUCCCGAACCCAGAGAUGGAGUUAGCAGACUUUCUGUCAGCCAUUCAUCAGGUUGUCGGAUUGAGGAAAUGCUGCAAAGCCUCGAACAAGAUCUUCUUGAAGAUGAUGCGUGUAGAACUGCUGAAGUUCAAGGAGGUUGAGAAUUGGGAAGACUACCUCGGUCAAGUAUUGUAUGACCUUCAUGGUCUUAAGCUUGGUGUGGGUGCUGGGGAAGUUCAGGACCACGGCUGUCCGCCCGAGAAGCUCGAGAAACGCAAUGCCAUGCAGUUGGUCGACAAGAUCACGGUUCUGGCAAGGAGGAUGCCCAGAAAGGACCUGCUCAAGUCGGACCUCAAAACGACCAUCGAGCACAUGCAAGGCGCUAUCGGGCAAACCAAGUCGACUCCUCAGAUGAUCCACAACCUCAGGAACUUCACCGAAUAUCUCAAGCGACCGAUUCAUCCUCUCAGGCUCUACCAGGCCCUCACUGGCGGUGUUCAGUUGGAUGUUGUCGCUGUCAACACCCCGGAGAGCGCCCUGGCAAAGCACGGGUGGUUCUUCUUGUUGGGCAUGAUCGCAUUGACGAGGUUCAAGCAGGUUGAUUUGAGCAAACGACAGACGCCUGGGGCCACUGACGACUUGCGACUUGCGGCAACAUUCUUGCGGCUGCAGCUUCAGUUCACCCCAGACAAGUGGGACGCCUGGUUCCGUCUUGCUGAGUGCUUCGACUACGAGCUUGACGAAGCAGUCUUGUGGUCAGCCGACAAGAUGAACAAGGAGCGCGGGGAACUGCUCAAGUUUCAACGAAACUCGAUCCACUGCUAUACCCUUGCACUGUCCAAUUCUUGGGAAGUAGACAUUGAUGACGAGGACGAGGACCCGCUAUACGAGCUUUACCACAACUUCGCCAUGCGCUUGUAUGCAUCCAGCCGUGAGCCCCUUGCCAUGGAGCCUUUUCAGCAUGCAGACCUUGAGAGGUUCUUCAUCGAGCCUACUGGCGCUGGAACCUUUCAGAAGGUGCUUCACGACCAGAUGCAAGACUACAAGGUUUGGAAAUAUGCGGCUGGCUUGUUCAAGCGCGCCAUGCGACGCAAGCCGCAGGAUUGGAGGAAUACAUACAUGCUCACUAAAUGCCUCUGGAAGAUGUACCAGAAACCUAUUGAUGAGCUGAGCCAGAAGGACCGUGAGACCCGCCCAUCGGUCGGGUAUUUGGUGUCAGCCCUCGAGCAUGCAGUCGAGGUUGUUUCAGCUGUACCCAAAUCGCGACACAGCGAUCCCAUUCUAGAGCCGCAUUACAAAAUCGUUUCAAUCAUUUACAAGCUUGUUGUCCGUGGCGAUCUGAAGCCGCAGGAAGGGGCAGAUAUUCUGUCGAGACAACCAUUCGGCAUGGAGCUAGGCGACGACAUCACCCUCGAUGACAACGAGGACUGGGAGGAAUACGUCAUCAGGAACCUACACCAUCUUCGGGAUAAGGACAAGUCUAACUGGCAGCACCGCAUUAUCAUGCGUCACGCUCGACUCCUUUUCGACGAAGAUGGGGAGUCGCCCGAGCUUGUCCAGGCCAAAGCCGCCUUCAACGUGCUCAGAGAAUCCAUGUUUACGAAAACCAUGGUUAUGAAUGUCUGGAAAUGCGACGCCGAACGCCCCGGGCGGCAUCACGUCUACACGUCGCAGUACAUCCGGUUUAUGGUGAAAAUUCUGGUCGUCAUGAACGACAGGGUCAACUUGGAGAUGGUUCUCAGACGUCUACGCAAGAAGGGCGCCGACUUUUACCAUUUCAGCGAGUUGUGGCAGAUGUGCUCCAUGGCUUAUCUGAGGCUGCUGCGGCAGGGAUUUCAAGUGCCUCCAACGUUGGAUGACCCAUUCAAGUCGACGUCACUGGAAGAGCUGGAAAUCAUGGCAGAUCGCAUUACCGAGUGGGCCGGAGGUCCGUUGACAGACAUCCCCGCGUUCAACUGCCUGAAGGAGACAAUCGAGUUGAAGAAGCUCAACGGAGGCCUUAUGAAAGCCGGAGCUAUUGACGACCUCAUCAACGACUGCUACGCCCUUAUCUACCAGGAGAUUGGUCCUACGCUACCAGGUCCAGAACCGCAUGAAGUUCUCGAGGCACGCGCCAGAGCCCGUGCCAGAGAAGAGGCUAAUGGUGGGCUUGAAUUGAAGCCAUCGAGCUCGCUGGGUAAUCUUCUUAACCCAAUUGCUGCGCAAGACUCGGGGGCGAACGGUGAAGGUGAUAAGACAGCGGCACCCGAGGCAGCCCCAAGGCGUAGGACAGGCGUCCGCAGACCUGACAUCAUUCGGAAAGCCGAGCAAGCUUUUGCUCGGUUUAGUGAGGCACCAAAGUCAUCGGUCGCCCCAUCCAAAUCCCGCGUCGGAUCGGUCUCGAGCGGCAGGAACGGGACGCACACUCCUGCCGGAGAUGUUGGAGAAGGUAGUGAUGCCGAUGACCGACCGGGUGAAGAUGGCGAGGACACAGAGAUGAAAGACGACACAAUGAUGGAAGGCGACCAGGGCGAAGAGGCCCCUGCGCAGGCCACAGCAGGCUCCAGUCCUCGGGGCAGUAUCCACGACUCAGCUGAUGACGAAAGUGAGCUCAGCGACGUUCCUGAUGACUGGGAUGAGCAGCCUCCUCCUUCACUCAUGUUUCCGAACCUGAGGAAGAGCGUGGACUCUGCCCGCGAAGGGGGGGGUAAUGAAUCUAGUGACGGCGGUGACGAGGAGGAAGACGAGGGUGGUGAAGAAGAAGGAGAAGAGGAAGGAGAAGAGGAAGAGGAAGAGGAAGAGGGCGGUGAAGUAGAAGUAGAAGAGGGGGAAGAAGAUGAAGGUGUUGAAGAAGAAGAGGCCGAGGCCGAGGAGGGGGAGGGUGACGAAGAAGAAGAGGGAGAUGGCGAAGAAGAGGAUGAAGAUGAGGAAGAAGGCGAAGACGAAGAGGUUGAGGAGGUCGAAGAAGAUGAAGAGGAUCAAGAGGGUGAAGAGGAUGAAGAAGAACAGGAAGACGACGAAGAACAAGAGGGUGGGGAAGAACAGCAAGAUGACGAAGAACAAGAAGGCGAAGAGGAGCAGGAAGAGGGCGACGUGGCUGACGAAGACGAGGACGAGUAG